AUGGCUUUCCACUCCUCCUUCAAGCUCUACACGAGCGCUGACACAUUCACCCUUCAGCCCAUCAACGCCGACUCAUCUACCGCUUCCGAGAACGUCAUCAUCCAGCGCAGCACCGGAAACGUUCAAUUGAACUCCCCUGCAUCUGCUGCUCCUUCGGAUGAUGAAGUGCUGACCAUCUAUGGUGUUAUCGGCUUUAUCCGUCUCUUGGCCGGCGAGUACAUGGUUGUCAUCACUGAGCGGUCAAAGGUUGGCCAGAUUGGCACAAAGGACAUCUACAGGGUCAAGGACUACAAAGUCCUUCCCCUCUCCCGCAACACGCUCGCAUUGACCGAGGCACAGGUUGGAGAGGAGGCCUCAUACUUGUCCCUCCUCCACUCGCAUCUCCAGUCUGGAAAGUUCAACUUCUCGUAUGACUAUGAGUUGACCCACAGUCUUCAGCGCCAGGCCGAGUUGAAGGGCAACACCCAGCCCAUCUGGGAGCGCGCUGAUGAGAGAUUCUUCUGGAACAGGCGCCUUCAGUCAAAGUUCAUUGACCAUACCACCAAGAACAAGGACCAGGAUUUGAGCAGAUUUAUUUUGCCCAUUGUCAAUGGCUUCGCCGAGAUCAAGACUGCCGAGAUCAACAAGAAGCCCUUCUCUUUCGCCGUCAUUUCUCGCCGAUCCCGUCACCGCGCCGGUACCCGCUACUUCUCCCGCGGUGUCGACGCUGACGGCAACGUCUCCAACUUCAACGAGACCGAGCAGAUCCUUAUUGCCGACGCUGGCAUUGAUGGUGCUGCCUCGGUUCUUCCUGGCGGCAAGAUCUUCUUGGCCCAUGUCCAAACCCGUGGCUCCAUCCCCAUCUACUGGACCCAGAUCAACAACAUCAAGUAUACCCCCAAGCUCCAGAUCUUCAAUAACCCCGAGACCGAAAACUCCUUCCGCGCUCACUUUGAGACUCAGAAGAAGUUCUACGGACCCCAGCUUGUUAUUAAUUUGGUCAACAACAAGGGUUACGAGAAGCCCAUGGCCGAUGCCUUCACCAAGAACAUCAGCAUCUUGAACGACAAAGAUAUCAAGUAUCUCCACUUUGACUUCCACCACGAGUGCAGCAAGAUGAGAUGGCACCGCGUUACCUUGAUUUUGGACUACUUCCAGUCGGAACUCCAUGCUCAAGGAUACUUCAAGGCUGUUUUCGGCAAGGAUGGUGUUGAGAAGGUUACCCUGAAGCAGACCUCUGUUGUUCGCAGCAACUGCAUGGACUGCCUGGACAGAACCAACGUUGUCCAGUCUGUCGUUUCUCGGUGGGUCUUGAACCGACAGCUCCGUGACAUUGGCAUCCUUGGUGCCGACGAGAGGUUUGAGCUCUUUGACGACUUUGAGUUCCAGUUCCGCAAUGUUUGGGCUGACAACGCUGAUGUUAUCAGUUGUGCCUACUCUGGCACUGGAGCAUUGAAGACCGACUUUACCAGGACCGGAAACCGUACCAAGGCUGGCGCAAUGCAGGAUCUUCAGAACUCGAUUGUUCGUUAUGUCAAGAACAACUUUUUGGAUGGAGCUCGCCAGGACGCAUAUGAUUUGUUCCUUAGGUACGAUGUCGACCCCUCGGGAUCAUACCCAUUGGUCGAUAACCGUCCUUUGCAGAUCAAAGCCCUCCCCGUUGUGUUGUUGGUCGGAGCCGCCAUGCUUGCUGGAUCAAUCAUCCUUCCCGAGAACUCUUUGAGCACGGCUGUCAUUCUAUUUGCUUCCUUCUGGCUCGCCAUCAUUACCUACGUCUUCAAGUUCUUGGUCGCCAAUGGCAUUCAGUAUGUCAACUGGCCCAAGCUAGUCCCUUUGCCUUACGUCAAGGCCUAA